AUGGCCCCAGGCUGCGAGUUUCUGGAUAGCCAACUGGAUCUUGAGAAGCAGGAACGCCAAACACUGAUGAAUGAGAACAUAAAAAUAACUGAAGAAGCACAUAACAUGACUGCUGAUCUGCGCCGUGAACUUAAUAAUUUGCAGAGUGAAUUCACCGCCUUACAAGCACGUUGCUCUGAUGCUCUUGUUGUUGAAUCCAACGCCAAAUCCGAGAUAGAAUCACAUCGGCGAUUAGCUCAUGAGGCCCGGGAGAAGUAUGAGCGCGAGUUGGCCAUGCAUGCAAAUGACGUUGAGGUGACAAAAUUUUUAUUUUCAAUUUCUGAAAGGCAACUACGUUAUUGUAAGGUAUUUGAGAUUUACUCACCCUAUUUCGUUUAA